GUAAUCAGGCCUCGAAUCGAAUUAAUAACAAUGGCCGUCGGAGUUGGCUGUCAGAGCGAUUUAUUCGCUAGUUUAAUUUGACGAUAACUGUUAGUAGGCUUAUGGCGAAUGGCAGCUAACGGCGUUCGAUCAGGGCCUAAUCUCCUUCGCCGUCGAACGAGGACAGUAAGGAGUUUCAUUUGGACAGUCCAACCUAAUGGCAGCGGGCAAUGGUCUCGUAGAACUACCGAGGCCACUGUAUUUACCAACGAAUGACCAGCUGAUAAUCUUUACAAUUAGCAUGAUUUAGUACUUAGCUGGUACUUGCACUCAUCCAAUAAUGUUUAAAGCAGAAGAAUCUUCGAAGGACAGUUUCUUGCAGCAAACCAAAGCCGCAAGGGAGGAGCGCGCCAACGAGCAACGCAGGGAAGGAGCGGUAAUACGCAUUCAAGCUAAUAUCAGGGGAUGGCUUGCUAGAAUCAAAUUCACCAAAAGUAUCUUGGAUGAAUUUGAUAACAACAUUCCCGAAGAUAGUGGCAAUAAGGGCUGCGAAUUGAAGUCAGCUUUGUAUGUGUACAGAGUGACCUCUAGAUUUUUAAUCGUUUAUAAGAAAGAAAGGGAUCAGGAGAGAUUGGAAAAGUUAUGCAGAUAUCUCGUUCGAACACUAGAAUCGGAAUCUCCCAAACUCUCAUAUGUUAGUCUUGCUCUGAACAAGGACUACUACAUCUUGUGGAUAGCGCAGAUGAAGUCUAUUCUACAUCAUUGUCUAGUAAGCCUGGAUAACCUUCGACCUGAAAGACUGGGAGAUCAUAAAUCUAUUCUUUUGAGAUUGCACACUUUGGUCAGCUUCACUUCUGCUGGAACAUGGGCAAUUCAAAGAGUGAAAGGCAUGGGAAAACUCAAAGCUGGAAUGAACCAGCUUUGUGCAAAUAUUAUGGGGCAUCUAGUCAACAAUGGGUUCUAUCCAAUCAUACAGGUGCUUUUAGUUAAAGGAUUGGGUCGAGAAACAAUUGCGUUAAAACCUGUCGCUUUAUCAGCAGCAGUAACGCUAACAGUGAGACCUCUUGUUUCUUCACAAAUGUCUGAUAAAUUAGUGUCAUUAUUUUUAAUCAAUGUAUUAAGCGUACCUGCCUUGGUUUACCAUUUAAAUCUAGUGUCCCCUGAGUGCAACUCUUUAUUCAGCGUGCACAACUUAUACGCCAGGAGCUUGGAAUUACUGAAUUCUGAACAGAACUUGAGAAUAGUAUUCAAUGCUCUUAAGGGAAGGUACGCACUAUGCUUAUUAGCCAACCUUAUCCAGUUGGCUAAUAUUGAAAAAGAUGACGUACUGAGAGACUUGUACUUUCCCUCGUUCACAUUUGUAGUAACAAAAAUGUUAGAAGCCUGCCAAGAAUAUGUCGUGGCUAGACAAAGCAAUUUGACACAUUGGCAUCCAGUACUUGGCUGGUUUGAGCAAACUGUCGAUACAUCACUCCAGGAGACGAUCCCAUAUGUCAAAAUCCAGCUGUCAUGUCUAUGGACAGGAAAGAUUGUGUCGCAAUUAAUUGGACAACCAUUAACCGAACUUGUUGAGAAAGAGAUACCGGUGCAAUCGGAACAUCAGAGCACAUCAAUGGGCACAAAUUUUUUUCGGCGUGCUUUUUUAGAAGUACGUACGAAUCGUAAUAAUAGCAACAAGAACUAUCGAAAAUUAGGAAGUCCUGAAACUACUAGAAUAGCUAUGAUUUGUUCUUUAUACCAAACUGCUUUACACACUUUGACGCACAUGAAACUGGAUAUCUUAACAGGAUUGUGCUAUCAGGACAAGAUUUUAUACCACAUGUGGUUGUUUCUAUGCACACUGGGGCCAUAUUGUGGAUUGAAGGCAUUUCUUGAUCAUCUUGCUGCAAAUACAAAGUGCACAGCCCCUGAAUUUCAAAUGUUAAUAUUAUUUUGCGACUGUAUGACGCAUUAUGUGACUAUUUUGGAUGACAUGGAGAUGUAUGAGCAACAAGAUCCAUUCCGGUUGGCGGAUUUUAUUACGAUGUCUUACUUUUUAAAUCAAUUUCUUUAUAAGGCUGUGCUUAGUAAUUUAUUCGUUCUAGAUGUUACAGACGUGAAAUCAGUGUCUAGUAAUCCACUGUUCACAUCCCUACACACUCUUUUGAUGGCGAUUUAUCGACGUGAUUGCAGAAGGUCGUUUUGUCCUGAAGGCCAUUGGUUGGCUAAAGAAGUCAAAGUAUCCGGCUUCUUGGCAGAUUUAGAAAAAGGAAGGCGAGGACCAGCUCUUCUGCUUUCCAAAAUGCCUCAUGUCAUUCCACAUUCUGAACGAGUUGUUCUCUUCAGAAAACACGUAGCCGACGAGAAAGCAGUUAUGGGUCUUACAGAAAGUGCCUGCAAUAGUCCUCCAUCUACUUUAAUCGCAGUUCACAGGUCAAGAAUAGUUGAAGAUGGAUACAGACAACUAGCAAUGUUGCCUUCUCAGGCUUUAAAAGGCGUAAUCAGAGUACGGUUCGUAAAUGAACAAGGACUAGACGAGGCUGGCAUUGACCAAGACGGAGUAUUCAAAGAGUUCCUAGAAGAGACCAUUAAAAGAGUUUUCGAUCCCUCUUUGAAUCUCUUUCGAGCUACCGGGGAGAACAGACUGUAUCCUUCUCCGACUUCGGCUAUGCAAGACAAUCAUUUGCAACUCUUUGAGUUUGUCGGUCGAAUGUUGGGUAAAGCAGUAUACGAGGGAAUUGUCGUAGAUGUUCCAUUUGCUUCCUUCUUCGUGUCUCAAUUUUCGGGACAAGGUGGUGGCGCUCUAUACAGUUGGCUCGAUGAGUUGGCUUCUCUAGACCGGGAUUUAUAUCGUAGUUUAGCCCUCGUUAAACAUUACAAGGGUGACGUCAGGCAACUAGAACUGACGUUUUCUCUAGACGAAGAUGUUCUGGGGAAAUUGGUUACCCACGAACUGAUUCCUGGUGGACGGGCAGUGCCAGUAACGAAUCAAAAUAAAAUCAACUAUAUUCACUUAAUGGCGCACUUCAGGAUGCAUACACAAAUCAAGGAUCAAACGGCAGCUUUUAUUAAAGGGUUCCGCUCUAUCAUCAAUCCUGAUUGGUUAUCACUCUUUUCAACGCCGGAGUUGCAAAGAUUAAUUUCCGGCGACAAUGUCCCUUUGGAUCUCCGAGACUUGCGGAAGCACACGCAAUAUUAUGGUGGAUUUCACGACAGCCAUCGAGUCGUGUGCUGGUUGUGGGAUAUUUUGGAGAAAGACUUUUCCGAGGACGAGCGGGGCUUAUUUCUCAAGUUUGUUACAAGCUGUUCGAAGUCUCCUCUGCUUGGCUUUGCUCACCUGGAACCUCCAUUUUCGAUAAGAUGUGUCGAGGUGGGCGAUGACGAGGAUACAGGCGAUACAAUCGGCAGUGUGAUAAGAGGAUUUUUCACAAUCCGAAAGAAAGAUCCCCAGAACAGGUUGCCGACCUCUUCGACGUGCUUUAAUCUGUUGAAAUUGCCGAAUUAUCAGAAGAAAAGCACUCUACGGGAGAAGCUGCGUUACGCCGUGACGAGUAACACAGGAUUCGAGCUCUCGUAAUUCCGACAAUACAGACCACCGCUACAUUAUGGACAACUUGUAAAAAGAAAAGAGUGACCAUUGACUUUACUUUAUGUGCAAUUUUGAGCCGGUAUAAUGUGAUCUUGUAUAGUUUACAAAAUUUACACAAAUAAUUUGAAUAUAUAUAUAUAUAUAUAUGGAAAGAUAUAUAUAUAUAUAGCGAGCGUGUUUUGUAGAAACUAUCGUAGUGUUCCCGUGGGUAUUCGACGUCGAGGUCUUUGAAAAGGACAAGUGCGAUAUUUUUAAAGCAUCGUAAAAAGGAUCUACCAUUACCCAGGUAAAAAAAGGGUCUACCGUUUAAAACUAUCCGUUGGAGAAAUGAUUCCAGUAUGUGGUUAAUUCCUUUACCCUCAACUGUUUCUGCUGAAUGUUCCUGUAUAUUCAAUUUAUUAUAUGGUCCCGUCGUUAUUCAUUUCGGUAAGUAACCAUUUCCCGUUGUGUCGACAAUUUGAAAAUGUUGAACGUAACGUCGGAAUACUUAAAACGUUUGAACUUAAUUGAACCAUACUCAUUUACCAGCGAUAUACAAGGUUCAUUAUUUCAUUAUGCUAAUCAGGGAAAGCGCACAGUUCUGAGCCUAGAGACGUUUUUAGAAAGACAGUAACAUUUUAAUUUUAAGAAAAAAAGAUCGUUAGGUUUGUAUCUCGAUGCCAGAAUCAGCGUUUGAUGAUGAAUGGUUUAAUUUUACAAGUCGUGCAUAAUUAUUUGAUUCUUAACAUUGUUGAUGAUGAUGAAGAUUCCACGAGAGAGGUGUUUAUCAACCGAAAGGUUUCCUCAGAAAUGCUUUUAAAGACUCUACAACACCAAUUGUUUAGGAGUUAUGCAUAAUGUCCUGUGUCUUAUAGUUUAGGCGUAUCUUUUUUCCGAAUUCGUGUUUAUAAUGUUAAAAGGUACGCCCUUUAAUAUUAUAUUCUUUUAAUUAGGUGCGUUGUUUUUACUUUAACACGAAUUCAGUGAUCUCUUUUUUAGUACUGAUUGGAUGAAGAAACUCGGCAGAGUUUCGCACCAAAUACAUAAAUGCAAGCGCUUGAUUGAAAUCUCGUGAAGGUUCAAAGUACAUAUCGGUAUCGUUCUUAGUUUUUGGGUAAUCAUCUUUUUAUUAACACCGGGAGGUUUGUCGUCCACCUCGGGUAUUUCCAAAGAUAUUAAUGGUCAAGUGCGUAUGAGUCGUAAGGAUUGGGACGUACAUGAUACAUUUGGUCGAUUGAUAUCACCUGCAAACGAUUUUCCGAAGAUUCGGUAUUAGACCAAAGAUGCGAAAAGGCCGAUCGGCUUAAUAAAUUAUCAACACGCGUAUAUACUUUCAUAGCUGUAGCGUAUGGAAAAUGGAACAUUGAAAAUAAUAUUUUCCUACAUGUUCAGAGUUGCGAGGCCUUGUGCCGUUGGAGUGGCAUUCACGUUUCGUCCUUAUCAUUCGACGAUACGAGAUUUGUCACGACGGAACUUGAGAAAUGUCCACUUUCACGGGAGAAAAUCGAAUCGCCCUUAUAUUUAUAAUUUGUAAUACAUUUUCAUAUAAUUACUGCGUUUUGACUUCUGAGGACCUUACGUCCCAGGAUACGUAUGAAAAAGAUAGUUCAAAGAUGGAUUCUAAGGAUACCACUAAAUGUCCACUUUCACGCGAGAAAAUCGAAUCGCCCUCAUAUUUAUAAUUUGUAAUACAUUUUCAUAUAAUUGCUGCGUUUUGACUUUUGAGGACCUUACGUCCCAGGAUACGUAAGAAAAAGAUGGUUCAAAGAUGGAUUCUAAGGAUUCCGGGGUUCUCGAAAUAUGAAGACAUCCUGGAGUUGAUAAAGUGCAAUUGAAAUCUCGAGUUGCUGGGGAAUAUUUCGAAUUUCUCACGUGCCGGAAUUAGUUUUUCACUCCAGGGAAGAUUUUGUUCGGCGGUGUUAUCGAUGCCGCUGUAACGUGGUAUAUAAUUGGCCCUUCAUCGCGUGUAAAUGGCUUUCAAUUUGUCGAAUUAAUCUCGUUACUCUAGCAGAGUAUUGGGGUUGCCGUGGCCUCGCUCGGCCAUGGCCACCCUGUUUUGGAAUCAUUGUUCGAAGCUUGUUCACAACCCCCGCUUUGUAUGAACCGAUGAACGGCCUUAGGCCAACCCUUUAUUCAGACAAAUAGAUUUUCGAGAGGAAGGGGCGAUCGUUAUCAGCUCUUUUAAGAAUUCUGACCGUAUGGCAGUAACAAUUCGGUUCCUAUUCCGUGGGACGAAAUUUUCGAACCAUUCGUGAUAAAUGAUACGAGUCCCGGAAAUGAAGUUUCUAUGUUGGAACCGUGUUUCACGAGAGCGGUAACGUAAAGAGGAAAACAAGCAAUGUGUAAUCAUCCAUUUCAAAAUAUCGUUUAAUGCUAAUAUUCAUCAGUCACGUACGAAGUACGAGGUUUUUCACUUUAUUCGUUAAGUCUAUUGAACACGAUGCAAGUGGCAUUUUACGUGUGCUGCAUCUCUUGAAAGAAAAUCAUUUCAGAAUUUGUUAAGUUUUGUGCCUAACAAUUUUCAGUAAUUUUGUUCGGCACGUAUGGUAUAUUCAUUUUCCACGAAUGGUCUGGAAUUAUGUAAAAUAUACAUUUUUUUCGGGUAACGUAACUUAUUAACACAUUCGCGACCGCUGACGUGAAUUCACGUCUUUUCAAGUUCUAUUCCUGGUUGCCGCUGACGUGAAUUC